GAAGAUGUAAACACCAACUGGCCCAGCAAAGGAGCUGCAGCUCCGAUACGGCUAGAUUUUUUUUUAUUUUUCCACCCGUUAUAUUUUAAAUACUUUUUUUCGGUAGAAGUUAAAGCAGUUAGUCACGACGUACAAGAAUGUGACAAUUUGCCACAAAAGAAAGGGAGAGAAGUAAUGAUGAAACCGCAGCACCAAUGAUAACACUGCCGAGCUAGCUAGCCCGCGCUAAUAUGGAUAGCUCGCUGGUUAGCUUCAUGCUCACGUAAUUUUUUCUUUUCUCAUGACAAACCUUCGUGUUUUUCCUGGUUUCGUUUAAAAGGAAAUCCAUCCUUUAUCAGUGGCGAAGAUGGGAGUGAAGACAUUUACCCACAAUUCACCCAGUCACAGCCAAGAACUGUUGGACAAGCUCAAUGCACUGCGCAGUGAGGGACACUUCUGCGAUGUUACUAUCCGUGUUCAGGGCCAGCUCUUCUCUGCCCACAAGGUGGUGCUAGCUUGCUGCAGCGACUUCCUUAAAGCUAAGCUCUCAGGGAAGCCAAGCGAGGACGAGGCCAGCUCGGAGGACAACAAGGCAGUUCUGGAUCUUCACCAUGUUACCGUAGCAGGCUUUGCUCCACUGCUGGAAUACGCCUACACGUCCACACUGUCUGUUAGCACAGAGAACAUCAUCGAUGUGCUGGCUGCUGCCAGCUACAUGCAGAUGUUUGCGGUAGCCAACACCUGCUCAGAAUUUAUGAAGUCCAGCAUUUUGUGGAACUCGUCCUCAGCUUCCGGCAACACCGCCACUCUUCACCGGCCCCAGGAAACUCCUGAAGGUACCACGACUUGCACUCUGACUCCACUGGAUGCCCUUUCACCGUCGCCAGUGUCUUCGGAAUGCAGCGCACCCGAGCGGCCUGUCCCUGUGUGCCGUGAGUCUCGCCGCAAACGCAAAGGCUUCGCCAGCCCACAACCAACCUCCUCUUCUUCUCCACAAGUACCAAAUCCUUCACCUUCUUCUUCUUCCUUCCCUGAGAGCUCUGCUCAGACCCUAGAACCCUCACUCGCUUUUUCUUGGACUUAUCCAUUUGGAGUAGAUCGACGCUUCACAUCAGAAAAGGCCAAACUUCCCGAGGGGUUGCUGGAGUCUAGUGGAGCAUCCGGUCAAGAUGGGGGCAGUCGGGCCCUGGUGGAGUACUUGUCCUGUGAGGGCCCUAGGUCUCUGAGUGUGGGUGGGACGGCCGUAGUAGAGGGGGAAGAGGAAGAUGUGCAAGUGAAAGUGGAAAGGCUAAGUGAUGAAGAUUCACACGAGGAGGCAUCUCAACCAGUUAGCGCUUCACACAGCACUCUGACUGACCAGCAAACUGUGCCUGGAAGUGAGCACACCCAGGAGGAUCUGCUCAUCAGCCCUCAGUCUUCAUCCAUAGGCUCCAUGGAUGAGGGGGUGACGGAGGGCCUUCAGUCCAUCCAGGGCACCCCGAACACCACUGGCCACAUGGAAGAGGACGAAAGGCUGGAAAAUGUUCAGUACCCUUACCACCUGUACAUCAGCCCUUCCACACGCCCAGGACUCAACGGGCCUGAGCGGCCGUUCCAGUGCCCAACGUGUGGAGUUCGCUUUACUCGUAUCCAGAACCUUAAGCAGCACAUGCUCAUCCACUCUGGCAUUAAGCCGUUCCAGUGCGACCGCUGUGGGAAAAAGUUCACACGGGCCUACUCCCUAAAGAUGCACCGUCUGAAGCAUGAAGGUAAACGCUGUUUCCGGUGCCAGAUCUGUAGCGCCACAUUCACAUCCUUCGGUGAAUAUAAGCACCACAUGAGGGUGUCCCGCCACAUCAUCCGCAAGCCUCGGAUUUACGAGUGCAAAACGUGCGGCGCCAUGUUUACCAACUCCGGCAAUUUAAUCGUACAUCUGAGGAGUCUGAACCAUGAGGCAUCAGAGCUAGCAAACUACUUCCAGACCAGUGAGUUCCUCCUCCCAGACUACUUGAGCCACAUGCAGGAGGAAGAGGAGGAGAACCUGGCCCAUUUUGAGAUGACCGAGCAAGCCUUCGAUGUCACCCCCACUUCCUCCUCCUCUUCUUCAUCAGUACAAACGCCCGUCAUCUCCCAGGUUUCCUCAACCAUGAACUAUGACUCCCGACCCCCUGCCUCCAUGGCCCAGAAAUUACCAGGCUCUAGAGCAGGCAAUGGGAGUGAGGAGGGAACAGCCGGAGAGGAGGCAAAAAAUGCCAUAGCUGUUACCUCUUUACCAGAGCCAGAGAAAGAGGAAAGGGAAAAAGAGGGUGGUGAGGGACAGAAUCAAAAGAAAGCACUUGUGUCGAUUACAAUCGAAUGAGAAGCAUUCCAUUUGAAUUCUUUUGGAUUUUGUGUAGAUGUUUUUGUUUUAUUUGUUGUUGGUUUUUUUUUUCUUUUAGAUCUUGUUGCCUGCGUCAGUGUAAUGCAAAAGAAAAAGUUAACACUGGACUCUGCGUGGAGAAUGCAAGUUGAAAUACUUAUUGUAGUUGACUUUUGAACAGCUUCAUAUGUAGUCGUGAGCAGUUCUUUAUAGGAAUGUUAUUCUUUUUAUUUCCUUUGUAUAGAGGUAACAUAAAGGUAUAUGUUGUAAUUGUUUAAAAAAAAGUCAUUUAUUCUGAAAUUCAGAUAUUGUAAACUUGAAUGUUUAGAACUUUUUUCUUUUCUUUUUUUUUUAACUGUCCUGUAAUUGAUGUAUUUUUCCCUGAAGCUUUAUCAGUUAAAUAAUAACCCUCUAUGAGGCCCUAUGUCAAAUGGUUUUUGUGUAUGAGUAAAAAGCUGUGAGUUGAUUACACCUUCGCCUUAUUCAGUCAGGCUGGAUCAUGCUGGACAAUGAAUAGGAAAGUUGUUCCUCUAAGAUUUUUUUUUCUCCCCCUUCCUCCUCUCUUGUCUCUUUAAAGCAGUUUGUUUAGUCUCGUAAAGCAGAGCGCCUUAACUGUAGCACACUGCUCUUCCUGGCCUGAAACCUGAACUUUUGAGGCUAACAAGUUAAAAUGUGAAAGGCUGUGCUUCUACUUCAUCCUUUUUCUUCUGCAGCAGAAGUCGUCCGGGAUGAUGUGCCACGUAGCCUAAUUUAGUAAAAUAAGCUUAGACUCCGUUUAAGAGAUCCCUUGUUGGUUGUCUCUCAUUUUACAAAGGAGUGAAUUAUCAGAAUUUGUUCUGAUGUUAAGUAAGGAUUUUGAACGCUGUAUUGUAUUAGGGGUAAGAAGGGGAAAAGUUAACAAUCAGCCACCCAACCCCUACCCCCUUCCCCCAACUCCUCCAGUGCUCCAAUUUAUCUUCUACUGUACAUCACGCUGCUAGAUUUUGACAGUUGUGCCUCACACUUUAAAACGAUUGGUUUAAACAUUCUCUAAUAAUAUAUUAAGAAUUUAAUCACAUGCAAAAAGGUAAAAAACUAUGGAAAGAGGUCAUUCUCUUCCUCGUUGGUUAUUUUCUUUUAAUUUUUCUGAUCAGGCUGCUGAAUAAAAGUUCUUCGCUACAAUCCCAGAACUAUAGGUACCUAAUACCUUUCCAGAGAAAAAUUGUGAAAUCUGUAUGUAGCACUUGCUCGAUUGGAUCUUUAUCUAAUGCACAGACUUGUCACUUUUUUUUUCUUUUAGUUGACAUUGCACAAGGCAAUCAUUUGGCCAAAAGCUGCUCCAUUCCAAUGUGAUGUUCUCAAUAAACCAAUUUUUUGGUAUGCAUUGUGCAAUAUCCCGCUUUUAAAAGACACCCAUGUUUCCAAAUGUAGAAAAAAUAAUCUGAUUAUCUAUUUAUCUAUCUAUCUACCUAUAUAAUGAUAGGCAGGUGGAUUGGAUUUUGCACAUUUCUCAAGAAAUUAAAUUUAACACGAGUUACUAUUUACUUCGGUUAAGUAAUAAGAAAUUAAACAACCAAACUAAAAAAAAGUAUAUACUAAAAUCAGUUGUGACAUCUGAUGCCAUGACCUCAUCUUUUGUGUCAGUAUUCUGACUAAAUGCAUUCAGUAACCUCUUGCUUCCUGUGUCUCACCAGGGCUUUUGUGGUACAUUAAAACACCAGUGUCUUCAGUCUGAGAUUUCAUAGUGAUGCAUUUUUCCCAACACGGUAUUGCCUUCUGUAUCUGCUCUCUUUCUGUGGUAUCUGCAUGUUGUCCCGGUCUGAACAAAAUAAGAGCAAAAAGUUAUAUAGCAUGGGUUGAUUUUAUUUGUUGGAUGUUUUGGAUGUGUGUGGAACUACAGUUUUUAUGUACAAUAUUCAACUUCUGUGUCUGAAAAAUUUCAACAGAGAGAAAAUUUGGUGUUUCGAUGGUCAUGAUACUCUUUCUGAUCCUGCAUUAUAAUGUCACCUUAAAGUGAAAUUUUGUACAUUUCUUAUAGCAAUGUGAGUGUAAAUUGUUAUUUGACUUGAGCCUUGUAUUGUCUGCUUUUGUGACAAUGUCUUAAUGGUAUUUACUCAAACCUUUUCUUUUUUUUUUUUUGUAUCUUGUGCCUUGGAUAUUAAAUCUGUAGUAUAUUUUAAUGGCUAAAAAUAUUCAUGAAUAUGACUUCAUACCAUUUUGUAGACAGAAUGCUGGUAGACUUAUUAUGUAGCUAGUGACUGAAAAUAUUUUUGAAGUGCUAUAUUAUUGGUUUAAUAUGUGUGCUUGUGUUUAUUUUGAUAAUGACAAAUGUACCUUUAUUGUUUUGUACCUUUUGGUGGUCCUUAUGCCAAGACAGAUUUGCUGAAUGAUGUUUUGUAAAGUCAGCAAGUUACAACUGAAAUUAAAUAGUUACAACCUAA